AUGAUCGAAAAGGCAGAUAGUCAUGGUAUAAUACGUUCUGAGACCGCACGUGAAGGAAGAGAGAACCAGGUCUACUCACCCGUUACCGGUGCGAGGUUAGUUGCUGGCUGCAUAUGUUUGACACCAGACAAGAAGCAAGUUCUCAUGAUUACAUCUUCUGCGCAUAAGAAAAGAUGGAUUGUUCCCAAAGGCGGUGUUGAAAAAGACGAGCCUAACUAUGAAAGUACCGCUCAACGAGAAACCUGGGAAGAAGCUGGUUGUAUAGGUAAAAUUGUUGCAAACUUGGGCACAGUGGAAGACAUGAGACCUCCAAAGGAUUGGAACAAAGAUAUAGACAAAUUCGAGAACUGCAGAGAAGAUUUGGAAGUAGCAAAACAUCCGCCAAGGACUGAAUUCCAUUUCUAUGAAUUGGAAAUUGAAAAUCUUCUCGACAAGUUUCCUGAAUCUCACAAAAGGCAUAGAAAAUUGUACUCUUAUACAGAAGCUAAAAAAAACUUGGUAGAUGCCAAGAGACCUGAAUUGUUAGAGGCCCUUAAUAGGUCUUCUAUUAUCAAAGGGGACAAAAAAUUAGCUUAG